AUGGAGCAGCUGAAUGAAUUUGAUGAAGAGCCACCAAUAGAGAAUGACCUCGUGAUGAUCGAUGAGGACGGCGCAGAUGGACAACGAAAAAGAGCAAGGGAAUGGCCCGAAGACGAAAGCGAAAUCCGCAUUGGCGCGCAGGAUGGUAGAGCUCAACGACCAGUCCAGCAAGCUCGUGACGAGAUAGCCGACUUGCAGCAGCAACUACGACAAGCAAGACAAGCAAUGCUCGACUUCCGAAUGAUGAUCAACGAACUAGAAAACAGGGAACGGUGUGAAACAAGAAAAUUCGACGGAAUAAUCCAGAACCCUAACGAACGCUUCAUGCCGUGCGCCUUUUGCGGACGAAGAGGGGAUCAUUAUUCUGAUUCUUGUUUAGUGUACAGGUUCACGGGAGAACGGAAAGAACGCGUAAAUCGAGCGCACCUAUGCACUAUGUGCCUCGACUACGACUGUCCAGGAGGACGACGAUGCUUGAAACGCAACACGAGAUGCUACCACUGUGGACGUAGUGGGCACAAUUCUGCGCUGUGUACCCUGCCAGAAAAGAGCGUAUGUAUCAAUGAUGAGCUGGAGCUAUUGCAGCGACGUUACUAUGACGCCUUCAUCAGAGUUUACAGAUUGGAAAGGAAAUUACGAAGACGCGGAGUGGACCUGUGCGCCAAAGGCGUCGGUGUUCGUGAAGACUGCCUGAACUGA